AUGGCGAAACCUUUCAAGAAGGUCCAUGCCGCUAUAGUGGGCAAAUUCGAAAACGGCGUGGGUGAAAAGAUUCCACAGUGGAUUCGAGCCAAUGGAGGCCAAUAUUCCCGAGAUGUCAACGCGCGAGUUACACACUUGAUUGCAACAAAGGAUGCCUUCAAGCAGCGUGUAGCGCCAGUUGAAACGGCCAAAAAAAUGAGCGCUAUCAAGAUUGUCUCAUAUGAUUGGCUUGAAGACUCGCUGCAGUCGUCCAAUCGCAAGCCAAAGCCUGAAGGCCCAUAUCUUCUGAAGAACCUUAUGCUACUGGAAAAGAAAGAAUCGAAGAAAAAGGAGAAGACGAACACUAAGGCACCCAACGGAGUCAAGAAGAAUUCCAAGGCCAAUGCACCAAAGCGUCGGAUAGCCGAUCCCUUCCUUGCGCCAAAGGGCAAAAGAAAGCCCGUGCGUCAGGUCUACCAGGAUGUGAAGACGAAUGUGAUCUACAGCGUUACCUUGUUCCGUCCAUCGAAACCACCAGUUACGAGCAGAGAGAAAUAUCAAUUGACAGUCUUCGAGUCUAUCGCUGAGCCGCACACCUACUCGACCUACGCCAAGUUCAGUCGUGUUGGUACAUCCAACAUCGAUCUUCUGGUGGGUCCAAAGGGCAAGCUUGAAUCUGCAGUGAACAGAUUCAAGCAGUUCUUCAAGGAGCAGACUGGCAAAGAAUGGGACGAGAGGGCGAACGGGAAGAUGCCACCUCCGAAGACAGAUGCUGAUGGAAAGUCUUUGCCUUUCCACGAGGGAUGGUUCUAUCUUGAAGAAAAGACAACUCUCCUUGGUGCAUACCUCAGAGACUCCCAGGUCACAGAGCCCCAAAAGUCGACUAGUCAGAAGGAGGAUGCUACCCAGGAACAUGAUACUGAGGUCGAACUGGCAAAAGACCACGUUGACGACCAAGGAGGGACUGAAGCUGAAAGUGAAGACGAUAAGAAGGAAGAGGAGGACGAUGUUCAUAUCCACUGA